ACGCAGUUGAAUGAGCUCGGUACUUGGCAGCUCCUGCCUACACGAGGAAGUGAAAGCAGGUCAGUGUGACAGCGGGCAGCCGCGCCAUGGCGGAGCUGGAAGAUGGAAGAUGGAAGUAGCGUACGGGCUUGUUUCUUAUACUUUAGCCAAACUUUUCCUGCUCUCCCGUCUUUCCAAGAAGGAUAAUGCGCAGAGAUCCAAGAAGAUGGAAGAUAAAGCUUUAGAAGUUUAUGAUGUGAUCCGUACAAUCCGAGACCCUGAAAAACCCAACACCCUGGAGGACCUGGAAGUGGUGUCUGAGAGCUGUGUGGAGGUGCAGGAAAUAGGAGCAGAGGAGUACCUCAUCGUUAUCAAGUUCACCCCCACCGUACCGCACUGCUCUCUGGCUACCCUCAUUGGUCUUUGCCUGCAAGUGAAGCUCCAGAGAUGUUUACCAUAUAAACAUAAGUUGGAGAUUUACAUUUCUGAGGGGACCCAUUCCACGGAGGAAGACAUUAAUAAACAGAUCAAUGACAAAGAAAGAGUUGCCGCAGCCAUGGAGAACCCCAAUCUGCGAGAGAUAGUAGAGCAGUGCGUCAUAGAGCCGGACGACUGACGACUACAUCUCCUGAGAAAGAAGGACUUGCCUUUACAGUCCAGAGCUGCUUGUGUCAUUUUUAAUGACCUUACAUCAGGGAUAUGUUUUAAUGGGAUAGGGUUUUGGUUUUAAAGAGAGGGAAGAGGUUCUGUCCAGUGCCUCAAGUUUGACCUCACAAUUGGAGUGUGGCUGUUCUUUUUGUGGGCUCUGUUUUAGGGUCCCUCUUUACAUUGAUGACAGUCCCAUUGCUGGAGGAAAGUAGGCAGCUUAAAUAGAACAAGAGCACUAAGCAUUUGCCCCAGUUCUUUUUUUUUUUUUUCUCAGUGUACAGCUGGUGCAAAUUCUGCACUGGUGUAAAAGCUUAGUGAAAGCAAGCUGCAAAAGGUUUCUGUAAAAUAGUUCAACAUUGUGGCAUCAUACAGUGUCUAAGAGGGCGUGUGGUUACCUCUGUCCUCUCUCUCAGGUGGGGUCAUGAUUAGGCAGUGGCAUUUGGUGAAGAGUUAUUGGCAGUGGGAGGGCUACUGCAUGCAUCAGCAAGUUAACACAUAAGUUGUGGGGGGUAGUCUCUUAAUACUUUACCAGCUGUAUAUUCUGUCAGUUUCAUAGCUCUUGUAAGGUACAUGGGCAGUUAAUAGUUUUCUGCAAACCUGACACCCUCCCCAACAGGGUGCUGUUAUAAGAGAAUAAUACACCAUUUCCGUCAGCCAGACUGCUUCAGUAGCUCUGAUACUUUCUUGAGUGCUUCUUGGUACCAUAAAACAGUCAACCCAGGUGUGAGAACAGUGCAAGUAGUAAUGGUAGCGUUUAUUUUACUAUUAUGUUUAUGACAGGGUUCUAUUAGGGGUUCUGUCAAUUUGAAUGUAUAUUUCGAUGCAUAGAGAACAUGUAAUAUUUCUGAAAGGGCAGUGCUGCCUAUUGUAGAACAAAGACUUGAUGCAGAAUGCUGGAUAAGAAUAAAAAAGGAAAGGGCUUUCAGCCUCAAAGCUCUUUUGUUGAGUAGCACAGAGGCUCAAAUCUCUAAAGGCUGAGGCCAUGCAGUUAAGUGUUUUAACCUUUUUAUGUUUUCCCCCUUUCAGAAUGCAUUUUGUUAUCCAUGCCUUUGUUUUAUUGUGUGUAAUGUGUGAAUUCCCACUUGCAGGCAUGUUAAUGGGAAUUUCACAUUGGUCUCGUGGCAAAAACAUAAAAACUUAAAUGAACCAGAAUGGGUGCACAUUGCGGAUUUUGUAAUGAGGUUUCUGCACAGGGUAGUAUGUGCCCUUCUGUUUAGGCAGGAGCACGCAGGUCCACUAACACAGGAUGAUUGGUCGGGUGUAUCCCCCAGGACUAGACGAGGGUUUUACCUCCAGGAAGCCAGACAGUGCGCUGAAUGUGUGGAUUGCUGUUUUAGACAACGAGAACUACAACAAAGAAAACAAAGAUACACGAUUGCCCUUGGGAAUCUUCAGAAGGGUUUGGAGGACAGUGGAAGGAUUUAUUAUUAUUAUUGUUUCUAAUAAUGUAGAGCAAUUUAGAUGUGGCCCAUGCUGUGCUCAUGUGGCUAGGUUUAUUGAACCAGAAUUGCAAUUUGCUUUGGUGUUUGUUUUUUUGAUGGUGGGGUGGGGGUCUGUACUAAUGUACUGACUUCUAGUAUCCCAGACGUCUUCCGUAGGUUCACUUUUGUGUCCUUAAAUUUACAUUCAGGUGUUACUUGCUCAUCAAACCUGAUAACAGACAGAGUUUUUCUGGGUACAUAAUAAAACAAAAGUAUGCCUAAAGGGAGGGGGCAGAAUAACUGUAUACCACUGUUAAAUUACUUUUAUAAUUCUCCCACUGAGAAGUGCUUUUAUACACAGAGUACAGUAUCGUGCUGUUUGCUAAAAAUAUAUGUUUUUUUCCAUUUAGCAAUUCAACAAAGACUGAACGUGUUUAAUUGAAUGCGAUUAUACACAGCGGGGCCCGGUUUUCAGUAGCACCAGGACUCACUGAUUGGAAUAAAUGCUUUAUCUGAGUUUUGUCAAAUGUGUUCUAAUUUAUUUAAAGAAAAUAUUCACCCUAUUCAGACACAUUUGUUAUGUUUUACCCAGUAAUUAGAAAUCUGUUUGCAACUCUCUACCAUAAUAACAACUGUGAUAUUUUGUCAAGUUUUGUUUUUUUUUUUUUUUUUUUUUUUAACAUCAGAGUUGAUUUAGAAAUAUUGUAAACUACUGACCCGGAUAACCUUGUUUUAUUAUUAUGUUCUACUAAAGAGCCCUCAUUGCUUUCAGAUUCUUUAUUCUGCCGAAAUGCAAUGUCAAUUUCAAAAGAUGCCAUUGGAAUUGUAAAAAAAAAAAAAAAAAAAAAAAAAAAAAAAAAACUACUACGAAGGGCAUUUCAAAGUUGAAUUUAAAAAAGAAAAUGUGUGUGUGUGUGUAUAAUAUCUUUGCAAGUAUUUUAGAAGAUAAUCUAUACUGCAGAGAUGGCCAUGUUGAUUACAUCUGGAAUCAGUCCUAUUUCAAUACAAGCUUUUAUAAAUCAAUGUACUCGUUUGUACACAGUCUGUAUGCACUGUGUAAACCUAUUGUAAAUGUCUGAUCACUACUCUCUUCACUGAGAUGUUUUUUUUUUUAUUAUUAUUUAAAUAAAGCUAUACUCUGAAGAUA